AUGAGGCAGACGAUGGCGCGUCCGACGAAGAACGCGAAGGACGACACAAUUGCACAUAACGAACACCGACGAAAGGUGGGCCAUCGUCAGGACGGGCGUCAGCCCGAGGUAAUCCUGGUAAUACAGCCGUCACCCACAUCCAAGUCAGUACACGUUUUUGACGCUAAACGCGAACACCAUGAAACUGCACCACGCGAGAAACGCGAUGUUCAAUUUGACCGCCAGCUUCCUGCUCGCGCGCCCGAGGAACGUGCCCUCAAGCAGCCGCGGCGAGGUCCACCACCCCUGCCGGACGCGCUCCAGGAAGUAUUCCUCGCGAUGUACAGCGCGAGCAGGAGCACGCCAACCACGACGAGCGCGAUGCUGUCUGCGAAGGCGUGA